AUGAACCCAGGACCUGCCCCUCGUCCUCCCACCGACCGUCCCCGUCUCGCUCUCACCCCCAACGUCAACAAUGUUGCCGGCAACAUGAGCCAGAUGAGCCUGCAAUCGCCUGCUUUCAGCAGCUCCACAUCUUCCCUACAACGCUCCAUGACCGACUUUGGCUCCUCUCGCAAUGAAUCUUCCGCAGUCAAGUCUGGCUGGGCAAAGGUCAAGGAGGAAGGUGGCUUCAUGAAGGGCGUCUUCUGGUCAGAGAAGUUCCUCGUGCUCAGAGAGAAGGCCCUCGACUUCCAAAAGAGCGACACUACACCGAAGAUCUCCUUCUCCAUCCCCCUCAAGGACGUGCUCAACAUCACCAGAUCCGAGACGAUCCCUUACUCGUUCGAAUUGACCAGAGGCACCCCCGGCAACGAGAAGAUGGUCAUCUGCAAGUUCGAGACAGACAACGAUGUCUACGGCUGGAUCGAUGUCAUCUACAACAAGAGUCCUACCAUGGGCGGUGUCAGCCACCCCACCUCGUUCGCUCACCGCAUCCACGUCGGCUUCGAUCCCGUUACUGGCGGCUUCGUCGGCCUCCCCGUCGAAUGGCAGAAGCUGCUUAACAGUUCAGCUCUCACACAGGACGACAUGGCUAAGAACCCCCAGGCUGUUGUUGAGGCUCUCGAAUUCUACACAAGCAAGCUCCAGAAGAGAGCAGAGGACCCCAAGCAAUACCCCAGCCUGACCCCUACUCCCCCGGUCGACGCCUACGGCAACAAGCAGCUGGGCCACGGCAAUGGAAUCGCCCCACCGCGUCCUCAACCCCCAGCUGCCUACACCAGAAAAGAGAGCUACAGCUCCACCCGCAAUGUCUCGCCCGCCAGUUCGCAGCCGUCACUUUCGCGCACUAACACGGCGCCGCAGUACGACCCCCGCGUCGAAGACGAACGUCGACGCAAGGAUGAUGAGAGACGCAGAAUGCUCGAGAAGCAGCGUGCGUACGAAGACGCUCAGAGAAGAGAGGCACAAGAGCUGGCAGACUAUAACGCUAGUCUACCCAAGCACAAGUUGCCCUUGGCUCAGCAAGAAGUUGGAGGUGGUGGCUAUGCCAGCGACCGCGACGCAAGCCCUGCUUCCAGAUACAACCCGUCCAGACCCGCUCCGCCUGCACCUUCUUCGUCUGGCCAAAAGGUCAACCCUGUCCGCCAAUUGACUGCUCAGCGCCAGGCCCCACAGGCUCCAGCUGCCAAUGGCUCCUCUUCCAUCCCGAGACCCAGCCCCUCAUCCCAGAGACAGCAAUCACCUAACAGUCAAAGAAAGCCCAGCGGCCCGUCGGGUGCCCAGGGCAUGCACAUGCCUUCUGGCUCGUCGCAACAGAGAGAACAUUCUCCUUCCGCUCCCAAGCCACUCAAUGUCGCAUCCAAGCAGCCUAUGGGCGCACCUAUGGAUCCCAUCAAGAAGGCUGAGAUGGCUCUCACCGCGGCAUCCCCCAAGAAGGAAGAGCCCAGAAAGGAUGUACGCAUGUCGAGCAUGACCGAUGCCCAGGUCAUGGAGAAGCUGCGUGAGGUUGUCUCCAAGGAGCGUCCUCUGGACUCAUACAACAAGCAGAAGAAGAUUGGUCAAGGUGCUUCUGGUUCGGUCUACGUCGCUCGUAUCCGCGAGUCUGCCACUUCGCCCACCGCUCGUCAACAGUUGCGUGAGAACGGCCCCAGAGCUCAGGUGGCCAUCAAGCAGAUGGAUCUUCGCAACCAGCCUCGCAAGGAGUUGAUUGUUAACGAAAUUAUUGUCAUGAAGGACAGCAAGCACCCCAACAUCGUCAACUUCCUCGACGCAUUCUUGCAGGAAGAGAGCAACGAGCUCUGGGUCGUCAUGGAGUUCAUGGAGGGUGGUGCCCUUACCGAUGUCAUCGACAAUAACCCCAGCAUUUCCGAGCCGCAAAUUGCUACCAUCUGCUACGAAACUUGUAAGGGUCUCAUCCACCUUCACCAGCAGAACAUCAUCCACCGUGAUAUCAAAUCAGACAAUGUCUUGCUUAGUUCGCGAGGCAAUGUCAAGAUCACCGACUUUGGUUUCUGUGCCAAGUUGACCGAACAGCGCAGCAAGCGCGCCACUAUGGUCGGAACUCCCUACUGGAUGGCCCCCGAAGUUGUCAAGCAAAAGGAAUACGGCAGCAAAGUCGACAUCUGGUCCCUGGGUAUCAUGGCCAUUGAGAUGAUCGAGUCCGAGCCCCCAUACCUUAAUGAGGAGCCUUUGAAGGCAUUGUACUUGAUCGCCACCAACGGCACACCACGUCUUAAGAAGCCCGAAGCCCUUAGCAAGGAGCUGAAGAGCUUCCUGAGCGUGUGCUUGUGUGUCGAUGUCAAGUCUCGUGCAACCGCCGAGGAGCUUGGUAGACAUGACUUCCUCAAGACUGGAUGCAACCCCAACAUGCUCGCCGAGCUGCUAAGAUUCAGAAAGCAGUCCGGCCAUUGA